CUUAUAUAAUUACACUAAUGUAGUUUAUUCUCCCGUUUUUUUCGCCGUCAGGUAUUUUGCGCUUUAUUUUCUUCUCGGCGAAGUUAGGUUUAUAGAGCUUCCAGGACCUGGCUAUUCCUUACCGCCUCCUUGGGACGGUGGCGGCGGCGGGUCAAUCUGGUACGGAAGUGGUGGUGGGCGUGAGAGCUGAGGCUGCGGCCUGAAGGAAGAGCGGGGCUUUCGGAGUCGGCAUGGAGGCGCUGUACCGGCUCCCGUUCGCGGUGUUAGAAUGCCCCAACCUCAAGCUGAAGCGGCCCAGCUGGGUGCACAUGCCCUCCGCCAUGACGGUCUACGCGCUGGUGGUGGUCUCCUACUUCCUCAUCACGGGAGGAAUUAUUUAUGAUGUGAUUGUAGAACCUCCCAGUGUUGGCUCCAUGACAGAUGAACAUGGGCAUCAGAGGCCAGUUGCAUUCUUAGCUUACAGAGUAAAUGGACAGUAUAUAAUGGAAGGGCUCGCUUCCAGCUUCCUCUUCACAAUGGGAGGCCUUGGUUUCAUUAUUCUUGAUCGUUCCAAUGCACCAAAUAUACCAAAGCUGAAUAGAUUUCUGCUGCUCUUUAUUGGCUUUGUCAGCGUUCUGCUGAGUUUCUUUAUGGCAAGAGUGUUCAUGCGGAUGAAAUUACCGGGCUACUUAAUGGGUUAGUGCCUUUUUGUGACUGCUAUGAAGCACAGAUUGGAUUUGCUUUUAGCUGUGAAGAAGAUUGGAUAAUAAAACCUCCACAGCCCAAAUGCCUCUCCAAAGAGACAACGAAAAAAGAGGGACUAAGGAAGAGACUGUUUUCUCAUUUCUUCUACUAUAAAUACCAAUAUUUGUUACAUGCAAUUAGUUUAUUAAUAAAUUUGUGUCUAUUUUUCUCAACUGUGAAAAAGAAAACAAUGUAUUCUAAAGUGACACUGAUGUAAAUGGAAUUACAUUACAAAGUAAAAACAUUGUCCUUCAUCUAUUCCCUCAAUUCAUGACUAAAAGUAAUAAUUUUGUGCAUCCUUUUUACACCAUGACUUGUUUCGUCUCCUCGUGAGAGAAUAAAUUGUGUAAAUUGAAAGGAGAGAAUAGUAAUAGUUUUUUUAACAUGUCUCUAUAUAUUCGAAAUAAGAGUUUGUCAAGGCUGAACACCAUGACCAGAAGCAAAAAAAAACAAAAAAAAACCAAAACCUUAAGGAUAAUGGGUGGCUUUGUGUCCCAUCAAUCCAACCUGAUUGUGCUAAUCCCAUUUUUAGAACAUGGAAGAGUAGCUAGAAUUGGAAUGUUGCAGAAAAUAUUUUGAUUUGGGUUUACAUCUCCACUCCUAACCCGCCCAAAUAGAUGGUCCAUGCUUUGUCAUGUGGUACAAAGAAUGAAAAAGAGCAUAGCUCAUCUCAGUUUAGAUGAUGGGUGACUGGAAAGUGUGGGUCUGACAUGUUUUUGCAGAUGGAUUGGGUUCUCUGUACUAGGGCAUGUGUGUUCAAAUAUAAACAUGUCUUGGCAACCUUAUUUUUGAUCUUCAUGCUGGUAGAUGCACACAAAAAAGCCACAUGUAAUACAUUAAGAGAUUGAUAGACACAUGCAAAAUUUUGUGAAAGUAGUUCUUCCUUUUCCAAAAAUAUAUUAAAAAUAUGACACAUUAAACAUCUUUUCUAAUAAA